AUGUUCAGAGCUGUGUCCCGUCUCAGUGGCCGCGCUGCCGGAUUAACAGGACAGCCCUGCUGCCGACCUGCUGUGUCCAAACUCCACAUGGCAAGUGGUGCAUCAUGUCAGAAAUCAGCCAUUGUUCAUGCUUCCACAGACAUCCCAGAGAUGCCCCGAUGCUCUUUCAAACCACAGGAAUACAAGGGUAUGUCCAAAGAGAGGAUGAUGGAGAUCCGCGGGCAGAAUUGCAACCCAAUGAUCAUGAAGGUUACCUACUAUAAGAAACCGGUGUUCAUCCACCAGGGAUAUAUGCAGUGGCUAUGGGAUGUGGACGGGAGGAGAUAUCUGGAUCUAUUUGCUGGUGUGGCGACUGUCAGUGUGGGCCACUGCCACCCGAAAAUAACAGCAGUCGCAGAGCAGCAGUUGAAGAGACUGUGGCAUACUACAAACAUCUACGUCUAUCCUCCUCUCCAUGAGUAUUGUGAGAAAUUAGCCUCCUACUUACCAGAUCCUCUAAAGGUGAUAUAUCUGACCAACAGCGGCUCAGAAGCCAAUGACCUGGCUAUGAUAAUGGCUCGACUUCACACAGGCAACUUUGACAUCAUCACUUUGAGAGGGUCAUACCAUGGCGGUAGCCAACAAACCAUGGGUCUUACUUCCAACGCAGCAUAUAAAUACCCCAUUGCCAGUGGUUUAGGCUGCACACAUACCAUGUGUCCCGAUGUGUUCAGAGGCCUUUGGGGAGGAAGCCACUGCAGGGACUCUCCUGUGCAGACCAUCAGGGAAUGUAGCUGUGCCCAAGGUCAUUGCAUGGCAAAUGAACAAUACAUUGGACAGCUCAAAGAGACAUUUGCUACAAGUGUUCCAAGUCGAAUUGCUGCUUUCUUUGGAGAACCAAUUCAGGGAGUCGGAGGAGCUGUGCAGUACCCUAAAAACUACCUCAAGGAGGCUUACAAACUUGUAAGGGAGAGAGGAGGGGUCUGCAUUGCUGAUGAGGUCCAGACUGGAUUUGGGCGAACAGGAAGCCACUUCUGGGGUUUCCAAGGUCAUGACGUCAUUCCUGAUAUAGUAACAAUGGCGAAAGGUAUUGGUAAUGGAUUCCCAAUGGGAGCUGUCGUUACAACACCAGAAAUUGCGGCCUCGAUUGCCAAGGGGGUGCACUUCAACACUUUUGGAGGGAAUCCUUUGGCUUGUACCAUUGCUUCAUCUGUGCUUGAUACUAUCACAGAGGACGGCUUGCAGCAAAACAGUCUUGAUGUGGGCACCUAUAUGAUGACAGAACUGGCAAAACUCAGAGACAAGUAUGAGAUCAUCGGUGAUGUCCGUGGAAAAGGCCUGCAGAUCGGUGUGGAAAUGGUCAAAGACAAGACCAGCAGGGACCUGCUGGCUCCCGAGGCAAUGAGUGAGAUUUUCGAGGACAUAAAGGACAUGGGAGUCCUGAUAGGGAAAGGAGGCAUCUAUGGACAGACCUUCCGCAUCAAACCUCCCUUGUGCAUCACGAAAGAAGACGCAGAUUUCUUCCUGGCAGUUUUUGACAAGUCCAUCCACAACUACAUGAAAAGAAGAUGA